AUCACGAUUCCCGAGAUUCAUCAACUACGUCUCACUUUGUUGCUGCAUACAGCACAAUAAUUCCAUUCGCUUUUCAAUUGCCCAAAUCAGCCAUUAUAUCGGCUCGCCGCAUCUCUCACCAUGGGUGGCGAUUUGAACUUGAAGAAGAGCUGGAAUCCGGUUCUCCAAAAGAACCAGGAGAAAACAUGGCUAGCAGAGAAAAAGGCGCUCGAGGAGCGCAAACGUAUCGACCAGAUGAUGCGUGAGCGCCAGGAAGAACGACAGUUACAAGAAAUCCAAGAGCUCCAAGAAGCCGCUGGCGGCAAAAAACGAGCGAACCGGGUUGACUGGAUGUACGCUGGUCCGUCAAACGGCCAACUCGGAACUACGGAGGAAAUGGAGGGUUAUCUACUGGGAAAGCGUCGCAUUGAUGGGCUGAUUAAGGGCACAGAAAAUCAGAAGCUGGAGAAAUCCGCGAAUGAGGAUGCGUUCAUGUCGAUACAAAAUGCGAACACUGCCCGAGACACGGCAGCGAAGAUUCGAGAGGACCCGAUGUUGGCCAUUAAGAAACAAGAACAAGCCGCCUUCGAGGCUAUGAUGAAUGAUCCUGUCCGACGAAGACAGCUACUCAGGGCCUCGGGGGCUGAAAAUGGGUCGUCAGAUAAGGAGCGCAGGCAUCAUCGCCACCGACACCGACACCGAGACGAUGACGACAGACGGUCUCGACAUCGCUCGAGAAGACAUGAUGAUGAGGACUCUCAGCGAUACAAGCGUCGUCGGGAUCGCUCAAUCAGCACUUCCAGAACUCGGUCUCCUGUCAGAGAAAGUCGGUCCAGAAGGUCACCAUCACCAUCCAGGAACGGGUCCCGCCGUGACCGAUCUCCAUAUCGUCGUGAUCGGCGCAGAUCGUACUCUCCACAGUCAUCGCAUCGCGACCGUUCGCCUCGACGCGAUAGAGACGACAAGCGACAAAGCUGGCAUCGCAACCAGCGACCAACACCAUCUCACCGCGAGUCGCAACCUUCGAACUCAAACUCAACGACUGAAGACCGCGAAGCCAAGUUGGUGGCAAUGCAGCAAAAUGCGAGCGACUUGGACAAAAUGCGAGCUGAGCGGCUAGCAGCUGUGGAUGCUCGGGAGGAAGCUGAGCGUGAAGCAGACGAAGCAGCCAGGGCUAGGACGAGUAAAGGCGGGGGUAAGGGGUCAUUCUUGUCGGGCGUCAACAAGCGUGCUGGAGAUCUAGACCUUUCUGAACGGCUCCAGCGCGGCAGGCGUAAUAUCGAAAAGGAGCAGGAAGCGUACUGAUUUUUUUAAACAUAUAGGCUACAAUGUUCAGAUGACCGGCGCGUUUUGGCAGUUGCACGAGUUGUGGGUUCAAGACAAGAAUGCAUUUGCAAUGCAGAGAGAUACCAAAUUGCGUUGGAUAUAUUCCAUAAUGUUAUCAACAUACUAAUUUUCAUAUAAUUUUCAAAUCUAUCAAUCCAUCUGAUUGCCAAGCACUGGUUGUGUAGCUACUCAAUCUAAUUAGCAAGUGACAUCGAUCGACAUGCCUGUCUGGGCCAGCCCCAUCGCGGAAGUUGCGCGAUGACAUCUGCUGCCGCGCCAGAAAUCCACUAGCACUUGCGCUGGUUUACU